UUUCUCCUAUUUCCUGUACGUGUAAGUGGAGAAAGGCUGGGGCUUCAGAAUUAAAAACACUGGGUACUGAACUCGCCAUUAGUAUACCAAACAAACUCAAACACUGAGACAGGAUAAAACCCGGCGUGUGAAAUGGAGGCGGUGCCUCGAAUGCCAAUGAUAUGGCUAGAUUUGAAGGAGGCUGCAGAAUUCCAGUUUGGUCCCUCCGUCAAACAGUUCAUCCUGAAGAACUAUGGAGAGGACCCAGAAAACUACAACGAGCAGCUGAAGAAACUGGAGCAGCUUAGACAGUGGCAACAUACAAUCACAUCGCAAUUUCCAAAGGGCGCAGUUAACGUCACAAGGGAUUUCGAAGGCUGCAGUACCUUGAGGAAAUACUUCGGCCAGCUCCACUACCUCCAGAGCCGGGUGCCCAUGGGGUCUGGACAGGAAGCGGCAGUGCCCAUCACAUGGACAGAGAUCUUCUCUGGGAAGACGGUUACCCACGAUGAUAUCAGCUAUGAACAGGCCUGCAUCCUCUAUAACCUGGGUGUUCUGCAUUCGAUGCUAGGAGCCAUGGACAACAGGGUAUCAGAGGAGGGAAUGAAGGUGUCCUGCACCCACUUUCAGUGCUCAGCCGGAGCCUUCUCCUACCUGCGCGACCACUUCAGCCACGACUUCAGUGUGGACAUGAGCCACCAGAUCAUCAACCUCAACAUCAACCUCAUGCUGGGCCAGGCGCAAGAGUGCCUGCUGGAGAAGUCCAUGUUGGACAAUAGGAAGAGUUUCCUAGUGGCUCGGAUCAGUGCACAGGUUGUUGAUUACUACAGGGAGGCAUGCCGGGCUCUAGAGAACUUAGAAACAGCCUCUCUGCUCGGGAAGAUCCAGAAGGAGUGGAAGAAACUGGUGCAGAUGAAGAUGUACUACUUCGCAGCCAUCGCUCAUCUGCACAUGGGCAAGCAGGCGGAGGAGCAGCAGAAGUACGGAGAGCAGCUGGCCUACCUGCAGAGUGCUCUGGAUAAACUGAAUGAAGCUGUGAAGCUGGCCAAGCAGAACCAGCCUGAGAGUGUACAGGAGGCCUUGAGAUUCACCAUGGAUGUGAUCGGGGGAAAGUUCAACUCUGCAAAGAAGGACAAUGAUUUUAUUUACCAUGAGUCUGUUCCUGCCCUGGAGACUCUCCCCUCUGUUAAAGGUGCGCCCCUGGUGAAAGCUCUCCCGGUUAACCCGACUGACCCCAGUGUGACUGGACCUGAUAUCUUCUCUAAACUGGUUCCCAUGGCAGCUCAUGAAGCCUCAUCCCUGUACAGUGAGGAAAAAGCCAAGCUGCUGAGAGACGUCAUGGCCAAGAUCAACAGCAAGAACGAGACUCUGGAACAGUUCAUGGACUCUCUGCGGCUGGACCCUGAGACAGUGGACAAUCUGGACAUGUACAGCCACAUCCCCCCUGUUCUGAUGGAGAAGUGUGCUGCGCUGAGCGUGCGGCCCGACACCGUUAAGAACCUGGUCCAGUCCAUGCAGGUGCUGUCGGGAGUAUUCACUGAUGUGGAGGCCUCACUGCGUGAGAUCAGGGAGCUGCUGGAGGAGGAGCAGGCUCAGGAGCGCCACCUGGAGGAGGUAGUGGGGAAGCAAGCCAUGCCGCCACUCCCCCCUGCCCUGGCGGAGCUGACAAAGGACCUGGACAAGUACAUGGAGGUGCACGAGAAGGCCAGCUUCACCAACACCGAGCUGCACCGUGCCAUGAACCUGCACAUCGCAAACCUGAGGCUGCUGGGGGGGCCCCUGGAGAGCCUGAGUGCUGCACUGCCCAGCCCGGAGCUCACUGAGGAGGAUGCGGCUGUGCUGCAGUCGAUGAAGCGGAUCCUGGGUAAGGUGCAGGAGAUGAGGGACCAGCGCCGAUCUCUGGAGAAACAGCUCCGAGACCUGAUCCAGAAGGACGAUAUCACCAGCGCCCUCGUCACCACCGAGCGCUCCGAGAUGAAGAAGCUGUUUGAGGAGCAGUUGAAGAAGUAUGAGCAGGUGAAGGUGUACAUCGAUCAGAACCUGGCUGCCCAGGAGAACAUCCUCAAGGCCCUGACCGAGGCCAAUGUGCAGUACGCUUCUGUGCGCAAGGGACUGGCCGAGACCGAGCACAAGUGGAACACAACAGUGCAGACCCUGGUGUCAUCCUAUGAAGCAUAUGAGGACCUGAUGAAGAAGUCUCAGGAGGGGAAGGAAUUCUACGAUGACCUGGAGGGCAAGGCAUCAAGACUGCUGGAGAGAGCCAGAAGCACCUGCCAGGCCAGACAGCAGGAGAGGCAGCAGAGCCUUGACAGGGAGCUGCAGAAGAAAGCCCCUCCUCGCCCCACGGCCCCCAAGCCCCCUCUGCAGAAGAAGCCAUCGGACUUGGACUCUAGUUCCAGCCUGGAUGACGCUGAGCUGCAGCAGCUGAACACAGCAAUUCUGGCUCUGGGGGGGGACCUGCCAGAGGAGCUGCGCAGCAUUCCCCCCAACCCCACCCUGCCCUUCCCCGGGUUGCGAGCCCCACCUCUAGAGGCCUUUCUCCCCGGCAGUACGGCCAGCCCCCCUCUCCAGCCCCCCCUGUACUGGCCUGGGGCCGUCAUGUUCAACCAGCCUCGCUUCUCAGCACGCAUGAUUCCUACCGAGGGCAUGGACAGGCUGUCCCACUACCCAGCCAUCAGCGGGCUCCCUCAACAUCAACCCAUGCCCCCGCACAGUGCCCCUGCCAGGGGGCAUUUACCUCCACACUCGGCUGCACCUCAACAACAGCUACCCUUCAACGCUGAGCAUCUUGGAGGCAUGCUUCCCCAGCAUGUCUCCCCUGUGCUAGGCUAUGGGAUGGGUCCACAAGGAGGACAAACCCCGACACCCCAUACUGGCACUUCUGUUCAGCCAGCUAUGGUGAGCCAGUCUGGGCAGCCUCAGUUAUCUGGGGUAGCUGUGGGAGGGCCAGGGGUCAGGCCUUCCACCACCACUGUGGACAGCCUACAGACGCCCAUUUCCAGCUUCACUUCUCCAGGGCACCCAGGACAGCCUUCACAAGAAGCCCACAUAGGUGGCAUGCAACUCCCUAGGCAGCAGGUACCCACUACUGGGGGAUACAGAGUGCCACCUAUGGGGCAGUACCCCCCCUACCCACAGCCACAGCACUUUGGUCAGCCUCCCGCACAGUUUGCUCCCAGUAUGGGACAGCAGCAGCAGCAAAUGCAGCACCCCUACCAGCCCCAGCAGCACCCAGGCCAGGAGCUCCAUGGUUCAGUCAGGCCCCCUGUUCAGCCCCCACACUACCCACAGUACCUGCACCAGCAGAGGCAGCAGCCACCCCCUCACUUCCAACCUCCUUCCCACCUCCCCACGCAGCAGCCGGCUUUUCCUGGCGAGCCCCGCGUGCAAGCAGUGCUCCCACCACAGCCUUACCUCCCCCCACAGCCUCGCCUCCCUCCUGCCCCCAUAUCUUCACACCCCCACAUGCUCCCUGGUUCUCAGCCUCACCAGCCCCCAGCCUCCAUCCCAUCCCAGACUCACAUGCACCCUCAGAUGCCCCAGCAGGCACUGCCCCCACACUCAGGGACUUUGUGUUACCCAGGGGGGGCUGCUCCCCAUAUCUUCCCCCACCAGACUUCUCAGACAGUCCCACCUCAACAAGCACAGCUCCUGCUUCCUCACCCUUCCAUUGUCCAACCCCUACCCCCUGCAUCCUCAGCUACCUCUGCUGUAGCUACCAUGCCUUACCCUCCUGCCCCCUUGCAGCACCAGGGUCCCCUAACGCCCCACCUUCUCCCUCACCCCCAACACGGACUCCCUCCGCCCCCCGCCACUCAAAUACCCCAGCAACCUCCUCCCAACGCCAUCCCUCCCUCACCGGCCCCUUCUCCUUCCCCCCAGCCCUCUCCUGGCCCCCCCUCCUUGGGUCUUAUCCCCCAGAGACCCCCUCCCUCCCUGACACCAUCCCUCCCUGCUGCAUCUUCAUCCCCAGCCCCUUCCAGCUCCUCUGAGGUGCUGUUCCAGAGACCGAGCUCCACUACCGAUGACCUGCUCUCCUCCAGCCCUGAGAGCCAGCAUGGCGGCCCCAAGGCAGCUGCUGCAGUGCUCCUGCCCACCAAGGCGGACCCCCAGGAUGGGCAGCGCAAAAAGCCAGAGGGGGUGCUUCUGAUCGAGGGGGACCCAUAUCAGGCCCCUGAGCUUGUGACCCGUCUGUGGGCAGAGCUGGAGCGGUUCCGGGCAGUGGUGGAAGCUCUGGAGAGGCCAGGUCAGGGCACCUCGGAGCUGGACGCCCGCUGGAAGGAGCUCCAGGACCUGCAGGAAAAGGAUGCGCGGCAGCUCUCCAUUGCCAUCGCCCGCUGCUACAGCAUGAAGAACCGCCACCAGGACAUCAUGCCCUACGACCGUAACCGCGUGGUGCUGCAGUCUGGCAAGGACGACUACAUCAACGCCAGUACCGUGGAGUCGCUGUCCCCAUACUGCCCCCGCAUCAUUGCCACGCAGGCCCCCCUCACUGGCACAGCAACAGACUUCUGGCUCAUGAUCUACGAGCAGAAAGUCUCCAUCAUCGUCAUGCUGGUGUCUGAGCAGGAGCUGAAGAAGGUGAGAGCCAAUGUAAGGCUGACACACUGCAAGCAAAAAGUUCUAAGGUACUUCCCCCCAGAGCGCGGGCAACAGAUGUCGCAGGGGCCCAUUACCCUGACCCUCAGUACCCUCAAGGUGACCCCCACUCACAUCGAGAGAAUGAUCGGGCUGCAGUACCGUGACCAGAGCCUCAAGCGCACCAUCAUCCACUUGCAGUUCACAUCCUGGCCUGAGCUGAGUCUCCCAGACAGUAACAACAACCUGAUCCGAUUCAUCCAGGAGGUCCAUGGGCACUACCUGCACCAACGUCCUCUUCACAUUCCCAUCGUGGUACACUGCAGCUCUGGUGUGGGCCGUACUGGGGCAUUCUGCCUGCUUUAUGCUGCCAUGCAGGAGGUGGAGGCGGGCAAUGCCAUCCCAGACCUGCCACUGCUGGUGAGGAAGAUGAGGCAGCAGAGGAAGAACAUGCUGCAGGAGAAGCUCCACCUCAAGUUCUGCUACGAGACUGUCUUGAAACAUGCUGAACAGGUCCUGCAGCGCCAUGGAGUCUCUACCGCCCCCUGCAGCAAGACCACCAACAGUGUAGUCAUGAAGCCAUACUCUCGCCAAGAGUCCCAGGAUAUUGUUCUGGGAGGGGACAUGCCAAUCAGCUCCAUCCAGGCCACCAUUGCCAAAAUGAGCAUCAGACCCCCCUCCUCCUGCGGACAGAGCAUGGAUUUGAGCGACCUGGAUUCCUUGCCCCCUGCCCAGCCCAGCCUGCCUGCCUUCCCCAUGAUCCCACUCCAACCAGAUCUUCCAGUACCUUCCCAGUCCUGCCAGACUGCUGUCACUACCACCCCACCUGACAGCUGCAGUGCCACUCCACCUCCAGCAGAGAGUGAGGGGCACGAGCAUCCCCAGUCAGAGCCAGACCUUGACCUAGCCCCAGACCCGGCCCCUGACCCAGCCCCUGUCAGCUCCUCCUCCCUGGACCUGCUGGCCUCCCUCACGCCCGAGGCAUUCACACUGGACAUUGCCUCCAAGGGAAAGCAGCGCAUCAACAAGCACUGCUUCCUUCAACCGCAGAGCGGACAGGGCCUGCAGGGGGCACCCUUGGGGGACGACCCCCUCAGCUCACUCGACCCGCUCUGGACCCUCAACAAGACCUGAGCCUGGACCACCCAAGCCAUCUACAAUCCAGCCCUCCCUGAAACACGCUGGAGCAGACAGAGCAGCAACCCGCUCCACAGUAUGGGAUUCACUUUGUACCUUAACCCUGAUCGGCUAACUGUACCGCAACUCUACCUGCUGCAGGAAAGGCACCCCCCUCCA